AAAUAUUAUAUAACAAUAAAAAGAGGUUUUUCAACUACAUCUGAAAAAAAAGAAGAUGUAGCUUCCCUUAAAUCUCAAGAGAGUUCAACAUUUUUUACAUUAAAACAACCAACAGAAUGACAAGAAAGAUGAUUUUUAUCUUCUAAUGCUAAAGACAUUGGUACUUUAUACUUAAUGUUUGCAUUAUUCUCAGGUUUAUUAGGUACAGCAUUUUCUGUACUUAUAAGAUUAGAAUUAUCUGGACCUGGUGUUCAAUAUAUAGCUGAUAACCAAUUAUAUAAUAGUAUAAUAACAGCUCAUGCUAUUAUGAUGAUUUUCUUCAUGGUUAUGCCAGCUUUAAUCGGAGGAUUCGGUAAUUUCUUAUUACCAUUAUUAGUAGGAGGUCCUGAUAUGGCAUUCCCUAGAUUAAAUAAUAUUAGUUUCUGAUUAUUAGUACCUAGUUUAUUAUUAUUUGUAUUCUCUGCAGCAAUAGAAAAUGGUGCAGGUACAGGAUGAACUCUUUAUCCUCCUUUAUCAGGAAUACAAUCACACAGUGGACCAAGUGUUGAUUUAGCAAUCUUCGGUUUACACUUAAGUGGAAUUAGUAGUAUGUUAGGAGCUAUGAACUUCAUAACAACAAUAUUAAAUAUGAGAAGUCCAGGUAUACGUUUACACAAAUUAGCGUUAUUUGGUUGAGCUGUUAUUAUUACAGCUGUAUUAUUAUUAUUAUCAUUACCUGUAUUAGCCGGUGGUAUUACUAUGAUUUUAACAGAUAGAAACUUUAAUACAUCAUUCUUCGAAGUAGCUGGUGGUGGAGAUCCUAUCUUAUUCCAACACUUGUUCUGAUUCUUCGGACACCCAGAGGUUUAUAUUUUAAUUAUACCAGGAUUUGGUAUUAUUAGUACAGUUAUCGCAGCUGGAUCAGGUAAAAACGUAUUCGGAUACUUAGGUAUGGUUUACGCUAUGAUGUCUAUUGGUGUUUUAGGUUUCUUAGUUUGAAGUCAUCACAUGUACACAGUUGGUUUAGACGUUGAUACAAGAGCUUAUUUCACAGCUGCAACUUUAAUAAUUGCAGUACCUACAGGUAUUAAAAUUUUCAGUUGAUUAGCUACAUGUUAUGGUGGUUCAUUACACUUAACACCACCUAUGUUAUUUGCAUUAGGAUUUGUAGUAUUAUUCACUAUUGGAGGAUUAAGUGGUGUUGUUUUAGCUAAUGCAUCUCUUGAUGUUGCAUUCCAUGAUACUUACUACGUAGUUGCUCAUUUCCACUACGUAUUAUCAAUGGGUGCAGUUUUUGCCUUAUUUAGUGGUUGAUAUUUCUGAAUACCAAAAUUAUUAGGAUUAUCAUACGAUCACUUUGCAGCUAAAGUUCAUUUCUGAAUUUUAUUUGUUGGAGUUAAUCUUACAUUCUUCCCACAACAUUUCUUAGGUUUACAAGGUAUGCCUAGAAGAAUUAGUGAUUAUCCUGACGCUUUCUAUGGUUGAAAUUUAGUAAGUAGUGUUGGUUCUAUCGUUAGUGUUGUAGCUACAUGAUAUUUCUUAACUAUUAUUUACAAUCAAUUAACAGAAGGUAAAGCUGUUUCAAGAUAUCCUUGAUUAACACCACAAUUAUUUAGUGAUACAUUCCAAGUGUUAUUCACUAGAAAUAAUAGCUCUUUAGAGUGAUGUUUAACUAGCCCACCAAAACCACACGCAUUUAUGAGUUUACCAGUACAAUCAAACUUAAGUUUGUAA